GUUGAUUAGUCGGCCCAGUCGGCCAUCUGCUGAUAUUACAGCCAGAGCCACGUCAUAUUUUGUAUGCUUUGUGAGUUAGGUGUGUGAAGUAUUUCUCGAUUUUCAUAUAAAAAUUGCUUUUCAACCACCGAGAAUAUGAACGUAUUUCGGCUCUUAGGUGAUUUGUCACAUCUUCUUGCAAUUAUUGUCCUUCUUCUUAAAAUAUGGAAGACGCGAAGCUGUGCCGGUAUCAGUGGCAAAUCACAAAUUCUAUUUGCAAUUGUAUAUAUAACACGUUACCUAGACUUGAUAACAACAUAUAUUUCAGCAUAUAAUAUGUUUAUGAAAAUUAUUUUUAUUGCUACUUCCAUUGCAAUAGUGUAUUUAAUGUAUGUAAAGUUUAAAGCUACAUAUGAUCAUAAUCAUGAUACAUUUAGAAUUGAGUUUCUACUUUUGCCUACAUUGGUAUUGGCAUUGUUAAUCAACCAUGAAUUCACAAUUGUGGAGAUUCUGUGGACAUUUAGCAUUUAUUUGGAGUCUGUAGCAAUAUUGCCGCAGUUAUUUUUGGUUUCAAAGACAGGAGAAGCAGAGAGCAUCACCAGCCAUUAUCUUUUUGCUUUAGGGUCUUACAGAGGCUUAUAUUUAUUAAAUUGGAUUUAUCGUUACUACGGAGAAAAUUAUUACGAUCUAAUUGUUAUAGUGGCUGGUAUAGUACAAACAGUUCUCUAUUGUGACUUUUUCUACCUCUACAUUACCAAAGUACUGAAAGGCAAGAAAUUACAACUACCUGCUUAGUGGUACUAAAGUAUUAUCAUUUGAAAAACUAUAUAUUGCUCGAACGAGUAAUAUUACUAUUAUUUGAAUUUACAUAAAUUUGGCAAUAUUUAUGACAUCAAGGAAUGCUCGUGUACAAAAUAUACAUUUUAUUCUAAAGCA